UUUCUACCUUUCUUCACGUGUUACUUCCGUUUGUUUUUUUGUUUUGUAGCUACCAACUGUUUUUGAGAAGGUAGAACCAAAGCCCCCAUCCCACUUCCACUUCACCUUGACAGGGCUAUCACCCUCUACCCUCCUCACCUUCCUGACUGGUAGCAUACUACAAGUUUGUUAUUUUUCUUCAAGAGUCAAUUUUCUACCCAAACAAGUGGGUAGGUAGGUAUUCUAUGUGGUCGUGAUUAUUGAUCAUCUUACCAUAAUACCCUACCUGCCUAGCUACCUACCCCAGGUGCUCUAUCACUCCUACCUUUUGUUUACUCUCUACAUCAUCAAAACCUGUACUCUUAAUUGGUUGGUCACUUUUUUUUCCUACGUCACACCCUUUUCCAAUCGACUAUCUAAGGAUCCAAUCGAUUAUGUUUUGAGCAUAGCUACGUUAGAAUUGGACAUGGCCGACCGUCGCGGGAAAAAACCCCAAGCCUUGCGCGCUCCGCUUGGAGAUGCGACAGCUAGGGUAAACAACACAGCUUCGAAAAGGCCCACCAAAUCCAGUCGAGCUCAAGACACUCAACCUAAUCCUCUACGAUCCCAUCCUACCAACACCACGCGCCGCAAUGUUGAUUCCGAUGCGAGUACUACUGUCAAACCCAAUGCUACUCAUGCCCACACAUCCCAUGCCGCUCAGCAAGCUUUAGCAGUUCAAGAUAUCCUAGAACAUGGCGAGCGAAUCCCACUUCCAGGUGUCGUUCCCGAUCCGAAAAGGCGCAAGACUCAUGUUGGACCAUGGGAGCUUGGGAAGACCUUAGGCGCCGGUUCGGCCGCCCGCGUGCGUUUGGUGCGACACAAUAUCACCGGCCAGCUCGCUGCUGUGAAGAUCCUCUCUAGACACACCGAGAACAUGACCCAGCCCGGAAGCAUAGCGGAACUCGACAAAUGGGACCGUACCCGAGCCGAGUACCACUCGGAGAACCGCAUACCGUUCACCAUCGAGAGGGAGGUUGCCAUCAUGAAGCUCAUCGAUCAUCCACACAUUGUGAAGCUAUACGACAUAUGGGAGAAUCGCUCGGAAAUUUAUCUUGUUCUCGAAUAUGUAGAGCGUGGCGAUUUCCAUAGUUAUCUUGGACAAUGCGGCCCCCUAUCCGAGGUGGAAGCAAUGUAUUUCUUCCGACAAUUGCUUGGUGCCUUGGACUACGUCCAUUCAUUCAACAUAUGUCAUCGUGACCUCAAGCCGGAGAACAUACUUGUCACUGAAGAUUGCCAACUCAAGAUCAGCGAUUUCGGUAUGUCAGCCAUGCACCAAGGCCCGAACCAUCUGUUGAGAACAUCUUGCGGAAGUCCACACUAUGCCGCCCCUGAACUCCUAAGUCCGGGUGCAUAUAAAGGUGAUAAGUCGGACAUCUGGAGCCUUGGAAUCAUCCUUUACGGCUGCCUCUGCAAUGCAUUGCCCUUUAACCAUGAGAAUGUGCCUACACUUCUUGGUAUGGUCAAGGCAGGGAAGUAUCAUAUGCCCGCAUUUUUCAGCCCCGAAGCGAAGGACUUGAUCCGAAGAAUGUUGACUAUGGAUCCGGCCAAGCGCAUACCUUCUAAAGAGAUAUGGAAGCAUCCUCUUCUUCGCAAGUACGAUCACCUGGAUAACUUCAACGACGGGGAGAAGCGCCACGAUUACAGGCAAAAUGCCCGGUACGACCCGGUGCCGGCCGAUGAACUCGAUGCACAGGCUCUGAGACAAUUGAAAUCCGUGUGGCAUACAUAUACCGAGAAACAAAUAGCGGCGAAGUUGACAUCCACUGAGCGCAACGAUUUCAAGCUCUUCUAUUGGCUUCUUUGUGGUUACAGAGAAAAGAGACUGGAGAACUAUGGCACCGACCUAUCCUACUCUCCUAGUGAUUACCACCAUCUGCAGCCCGCGAACUGGAAAAAGAAGUAUACAACACUCGAGUUUCCUGCGCAACAUGGACGAACUAUGUCCCGAUUUACCGUCAUCUCGAAUGUUGCAAUCGAUGAGGAUGGCAAGGCCCUCGAGGUAACUUCUGCCGACCGUGUCCCGGACCGUGCCGAUACAAUCAAGAGCUACGACCCUUAUAAGUCCUCCCACGUCAUGGAGGAUGUCUUUGCAAGUCGGGCGAAGAUUGUCGUUCACCGUAAUGGAACUACGUCUACCCGAGCCUCAAAAGCCCCCAGCAUACAGAGUGGAUCAACGAGAACCAAUUCGACCCACACACGACGUACCAGGAGCGGAAAGCGCGGAAAACCCCCAGUUGUGACACGCGGCUCGCGACGUUCUUUGAACUCGAUCAAAAGCGGCGAAGAAAUCUCGUAUAAACGACCGACUUCGCGACACAAGCGAGGAGUUAACUUUUCGUAUGCUCACAAGCGAUCGGUUGGCCAGGCCGAGGGCGGAAGUCGCCCCGCUAGCGUUGCUGGAGAUGGUACGGUCUAUGAUCGCAACUUCUCGUAUCCUACAAGUCCUGGUAGAAGAAUGAGACUAUCUAGGAACUCUGCGAGGACUCGUUCUGGUACUCAGUCUGUAGUAGAGGUGCCCGAAAGCCAAGGUGACCAUUUGUACUGGAACGAAGAGUUACACCAUUUUAGCCGUAGCAUCGCAAAGGACUGUGAUGAUGCAUUCAAUAGCAUACUUCUAAGCUCAGCGCACUCUCUUCUCGACGAGGCUACAUUUGAAUCAUCGGUGUUAGAGGACUCGGGGAUGUUCUUACCUGGCAUUAACGUGCCGUCUCGACAAUCAUCUACUCAGGAAUUAGGCCAAGUAGAUAUCUACUCACCAUCAUCGGACGGGCAAAGCUUACCGCCUCCACCGCCUCCCAAAGAUCCAGGUAUCCGUGGAUCUAAGGGGACAAGAAGGAGAGCCGGGCGAACCUAUGGCGAAGAGGCGGUUUCGCCAUCCACCCGACCCGCUAAACUUACCUGGUUGCCUCCAAAAGUAGAAGUAGAGCGUAGAGUCGUUUCCGCACCCAUCUACUCCCAGUACAGUACGCAAUGGGGCAAAGACAGAAUCCCUCUACCAUCCAUUCACGAGACACCAAGAGAAGACAGCAAAUACCGAGUCGUUUCGGCGCCCGCCGAGUCCUCAGCAACACAAACUUUCCAAGCACAAGAAGGCAUGGAUUUGGAGUACUUUGCUCAACAGGGUGAUACAAUACGCAUUGUUAAUUCUCCGACCAGUCGUCGUAACUGGGAACCGGUCCGAUCUCCUAGUGUCAGCGAGGAACCUUCUCAGGGAGCCCAGCAGCGACCUCAGACUCGACGUGGAUUUAAUACCCACCAGCAGUAUGAAACGGAUGAAAAAGGAGCCACUACCACGGAGCCGUCUGCGCAAGUAGGCGAGCGCUCCUCUUCCUUCAACAUCAGGAAGAAAUCAUCAUGGUUCAGACGCAACUCGAAAGAUAAAGAGGCUAUGGUAGAUGGCUCUAGCACCGGUGAUUUGAACCGUAUGAAGUCCAACUCAUCUAUUGGACAACCCGCUCCAGCAAAGAAGAAGAGAAGUUUCAACUUUAGUUUUUGGCGUAGCAAUAAGGAGCCCGAAAUGAAACUCUCCAUCGCAGAUGAAUCGGACUCUGACGACGAGCCUGAUUUUGAUGAUCCUUCUCAUCCAUAUUAUAAGAAGUGGAACGACAAAGUUGCGACUCGCAACAUUGAACCUCAGCAGAACUGGUUUGCUCGCCUAUUCCGAGUCAAGCCCGCCACCCGAUACAUCUGCUUCUCUUUCCCCCGAAACCGUGUUCGUCGGGAAAUCGCUAUCUUGUUGAAGGAGUGGCGGCGACAUGGUAUGAAAGACGUUGUUGUGGACAAGGAGCGUAACCUUGUCUUUGCCCGAGUUGGCAAGAAGAAUUCCCUCAAUAUGAAGGAAGCCGCUUUCGCCGCGGAGAUUAUGACGGUGAUCGAGCAUGGUAGACGUAGUCAGCUGUGCAUUGUUCGAUUUACGCAGGAGCGUGGUGCUGCUAGCACUUUCCACAAGGUUGUUGAUACGAUGGAUGAGAUCUUCAACUCUCGUGGCUUACUUGUUCUUGACAAGUACAAGAUCAAGAUGAUGAUCAAGACGCUCAACUCUUGAAAUUGUUUACGGAUGAACUAAUACUUUUUCUCGAGAGUCCUCACUCUACACGACACGAGCACUUUAAUAGUUCUGCGGAAGCUACUAGGCUAGACCGGAACGAUAGACGACUGCUCUUCAUGAUACCCACUACCUCACCUCUAUUAAAAGAUGGUUUGCACGUUGGUGGUCGACA